GGGCAUCCAAAAUGCAUAUCGUUCUUUAUAUAGAUCCUGAUGGUUGGUACUGGAGGAUUAAGGGGUAGUAUUACUAGUAAGUUGGGAGGUGUCUGGAAUAAAGGAUUUGUGCUAAACGAAUUGUAUAGAUAGAUAAAAGAGACUUUCACAGAAAAUCUGAGCAAAUGGUUCAAUGGAGCCUGAUUGUUUCUGUUAUGGGGAGCCUCAAAACACAGCAAACAACGAAAAAGGAACUUUUGUCGGAAUGGACACUAAUACGGAAAGCUCUCGAGAAGCAUCUUUUGAGCCCAUUGCCAUUAUUGGGAUGGCUUUCAAAUUCCCUCAGGGAGCAGAAAGCUCCGACAGUUUCUGGAGAAUGCUAGAAGAAAAACAUUGCGCUGCAACCACGUAUCCCAAAGAGCGCUUCGAUAUCGAUGCUUUUUGGCACUCCGAUUCAACGCGCCAGAACAUUAUAAACCCGCGUGAGGCCCACUUCAUGAAAGGCAACAUAGGAGAUUUUGACGCGGGUUUCUUCUCCAUGACGCCACAAGAAGUAGGCGCCAUGGAUCCCCAGCAACGCGGCCUCUUAGAGACAACGUACCACGCCUUUGAGAAUGCUGGUUUAGCGCUGGACAACAUCGCUGGCUCGGAUACCUCUGUCCAUAUCGGAUGUUUCACUAGUGACUUUUCCCAUCUUUCACUCAAAGACGCACAACAGAUCCCCAAAUAUGCGGCCGUUGGCUCUGCUGGGUCUGUUCUUGCAAACCGCUUGAGUUGGUACUUCGAUCUACGAGGUGAAAGUGUAUACCUUGAUACUGCUUGUUCAAGUGGUCUCAUAGCAACAGCGCUGGCGUGUGAACAAUUACACUCGGGAAAAUCCAAGAUGGCAAUUGCCGGCGCGGCCAAUAUCAUACUCAACCCGGAGUUCAACAUAGCGCUGAGUAACAUGAAUUUCCUCUCUCCAAGCGGAAGAUGCAAGAGCUUUGACGUCAAGGGAGACGGGUAUGGACGUGGAGAAGGGUAUGCUGCUCUCGUCUUGAAACGUGUCUCCACUGCACUCGCUGAUGGUGAUCCCAUUCGGGCUGUUAUACGUUCCGUGGGAACGAAUCAAGACGGGUAUACCAGUGGCGGCAUUACACAACCAAGCAAAGAGAUGCAGGCAAAACUUAUCAAAGACACAUAUCGCAGAGCAGGUCUUAGUCUGAAGCACACUAGGUUCUUUGAAGCGCAUGGUACAGGCACUACAGUUGGGGAUCCAAUCGAAGCGAGGGCAAUUGGUGAAACGUUCUUACAACAUCGCUCAGAACAGGACCCUAUUUACGUAGGGGCCGUGAAAUCAAAUAUCGGGCAUUUGGAAGGUACUAGCGGCAUUGCAAGCAUCGUCAAGACCGUCCUAGCACUCGAACACGGGGUGAUUCCUCCAAAUGCCAAUUUCAACCAGCUCAACCCGCAGAUUGAUUCAGAAUUCCUGAGACUGAAGUUUCCAACGAACUGCGUUCCGUGGCCAGAAGGAGAGAUUCGUCGGGCCUCAGUUAACUCCUUUGGCUUCGGGGGUGCCAAUGCACAUGUGGUGAUUGACUCAGCCGAAGGCUUUCUGAAGGGCCGAGAAUGUGAUACUUGCCAGCGAGAGGUUGCUGUCAGAAGCAUACCUUGGAGCAAUCAACACCCUGUACAUCAUACACCACGAAUUUUCGAAGAGAACGGUUUCCACCACAACAGCAUCGAGCUUGAUAAGCUUCUAAGUAGAGCCCAUUCGAAUGGAGUCCAGAAUUAUGACAAAUCUAUAAGCGAAAACGGCUUUGCCAAUGAACAUAACGACUACCUAGGGAAACUGAGCAUCUGGCCCAAACUCUUGGUACUCUCCGCGGCGGAUGAAGAUGGCCUCAAAAGGCAAGCAAUGACUUUGUCUCAAUUUUUGCAGUCUCAUUCGCGGAGAUGGGAUCCGCAAUUUCUCUACGACGUCAUCGAAGUAUUCAACACGAGACGUACGUUGCUGAGCUGGAAGUCGUACAUGGUACUAGACUCGGCCUCCGCAUUUGAAAUGCUAGAAAGUGGCCUCUCAAAAGCUGUAAGACGUCCUACGGCGCCAAGCUCGCGUCGGUUAGGGAUUGUAUUCACGGGACAAGGGGCCCAAUGGGCGGGUAUGGGUCGGGAGCUCCUCCAAUGGCCAGUUUUUGAGAAAAGUAUAGAGCGUUCUCAGAAGUAUUUGGGCAUGUUAGGAUGUGGUUGGAACGUGGUCGACGAAAUAAGCAAAGAUGCUGAGCGUAGCCGCAUUAACGAGACUCAAUUCAGCCAGACGAUUUCGACCGUACUUCAAAUCGCUCUAGUUGAUUUGGCUCGUCAUCUCUGCCUCAACGUCUCAGUAGUCGUUGGCCAUUCCUCUGGGGAGAUCGCUGCAGCUUACUGUGCAGGCUUUUUAAGCCACCAAUCAGCUGUCAGAGUUGCUUACUUCAGAGGACUCCUGGCGUCUGAAUUGGCUGAGAGCUGUGGCCAGAAGUGCGGUAUGCUGUCCGUGGGAGUUGCAGCGAGCCAGAUGCAACAAGAGUUGUCGCGUAUUCAGUCGGAACAGCAAGGAUCUGGUACACUCUUAGCGGACUCGAUCACGGUGAGUUGCAUUAAUAGCCCUACUAAUGUCACCAUAUCCGGUCCUCUCGAUAGUCUUGAUAUCAUCAUGACGAACCUCCAAGCGCGAGGUAUUUUUGCGCGAAGGCUCAAAAUCGAUCUGGGAUAUCAUUCUCCGCAAAUGAGUACUAUUGCCAAGGCAUACUCAGCCCACUUGAAGGACUUGAGGCCCGGAAACGUUAGCUGUGAAAUUCGAAUGUUCUCUUCUGUUGUCCUACGCAUUGUCUCAAAAGAGGUUGUUUGCACUCCGUCGUACUGGGUACAGAACAUGCUUUCACCUGUACGUUUUGUCGAGGCGAUGGAAAGCUGCUGUUCAUGUCCCAAUGAGGACAGUAUUCUUCACAAACUUGAUCUGAGUCAUCAGGCUCAGAUUGUCACGGACGGCUGGCUUGAGGUUGGACCCCACGCAGCGCUCAAAGGUCCACUCAGGGAGAUAUUUGAUCUCACCAAUCGGAGCGACAACAUGUUCUACGCUUCCAUCUUGAUGCGUAACAAGUCCGCUGUAUAUACCUUGCUCGAUACCGUUGGGCAAUUACAUUGUCGUAACUUCCAGGUAGACCUUGGUGCAAUAGCCCGAAUGAGUGGUUCUCCAUUGCGUCUUACGCCCGGAACAAUCUCCACGCUUCCGUCCUACCCUUUCAACCAUUCCACCGUCUACUGGGAGGAAUCUGCACGUUCGAAAGGCCUGCGGUCAAGGAAGCAUGCGAACAAUGAGCUGCUCGGAGCUCCAGUGAUAGAUUGGAACCCCUUGGACGCACGGUGGAGACUUGUUGUCAAAAAAGAAGACAUGCCUUGGGUCGAGCAGCAUAAAGUACAUGGUCAGAUGCUCUACCCGGCCGCAGGAAUGCUUGUUAUGGCUAUCGAAGGCUUGAAGCAACUCACAGAACAGAAGAUUAUUGGAUACGAGAUCCGCGACGUUUCAUUCGUGGCCCCCAUCGUGCUGAAUAGCUCGUCCGACGGCACCGAGAUCCAAACCACCUUAACCCCUACCUCGAUGCAGAAUAUCGAGGCUGAGUACAAGUUCCGUAUACUUGUUAAGGCAGGUAAUGACUCUUGGCAAGCAGCCUGUUUUGGAACGAUUGCAGCAGACACAGGAAGAGGCAGCCAAGACGUCAAUUUCUGCAUGGAAGAGGAAUACAAAAAGCAGGCUGCACGCAGCAAAUACGAGCAUGCGGUCCAAUCAUGCCUGACUUCCAUUGAGACGGCAGAGCUUUACAAGAGGAUACGCGAUAAUACUGGACUUGAAUAUGGUCCAAUGUUUCAGCCUCUCACAGAAAUGUCAUAUUCCUCAGAUGGCCAAGGCUGUGCCCAGCUGCUCCCCUGCACAGGUGUAUCAUCAAAGAUCCGGCAACCUUGGACUAUACAUCCGUCGACCCUCGACGGCGUCUUUCAAUUCACGUACUUAGGACUCGGGAAGGGUUGGAGUGAGACAGUGCCGACUAUGGUGCCUUCGCAUUUGAUGCGGCUAUGGAUAUCUACAGCUGGAGCCGGACAUGCAGAUCUCGGAUCAGAAGUGUCGAACAGUUCAUCCAGCUUCUUAAGUAAACGGGCAGCCAUAGGAACAGCUACCGUCUUCUCUGAAGAUGACAUGAGCAUCCGGCUUGAAGUCGAAGGACUAGAAGUUACGGAAAUGGGCGGAACUAGUGUCCCAGAAGAAUCCACUCUCCAAGCAACGUGCCAGUACAUGGAAUGGAAACCAGAUUUUUCCACUAUGACUACAAUGGAGAUAUCAGAAUACUGUGGAGAGCAUCGAAAAGACCAUGCUGAGCCUGAAGAAUGGUUCCAAGAGCUAGGACUAAUGAUGCUCAGCUUUACAGCUUGCACCUUUGACAAGCUAUCCAAGCUUCAAUUACACCCGAUCGAGUCCCAAGUCCGAUAUGUCGCUUGGUUACAAUCUAGACUUGAUGAGUAUCUGAGUCUAGCUGGACCUGGUGCUGAGCUCGACGUACUUGAUUCAGGGAAACUAGAGAAGAUGCGACAGAAAUUCUUUGGAGACAGCAAGCGCGGCAAUUUGAGCGCGAGAACAGGAGGCCAACUUUUUCAAAUUCUGACAGGAGAGGUCAAUGCGCUGGACUUUAUCUUCGAAGACGAAGCAUUUGUCAGCGAAUACUACCACGAACUGAAUCAGACGGGGAAAGCGUUUGACAUGUUGAGUGCAUAUCUUGAUGCAAGAGCUCAUAAAGAUCCAGGACUGAAAUAUCUUGAAAUUGGUGCUGGCACCGGUGCUACGACCACCCAGAUUUUGGGCAGCAUUGCAAGACCAGAGAUAGGAACACGAUACUCGGAAUAUCACUACACCGACAUCAGUCCUUAUUUCAUAACUCACGCCACCGAAAAGUACGAUAGGUUCCCGCGAAUGAAGUAUCUAAUCCUCAACAUCGAAGAGGAUCCAACCCACCAAGGAUUCGAGCAAGAAAGCUACGACAUCAUUAUAGCUGCCAACGUCUUGCACGCCACGAAAAAUCUCAGUGUAACACUUGCCAAUACUCGAAAACUCCUCAAACCAAACGGACAACUCAUCAUGAUGGAGAUGACUACUCCUAUGAAGAUUGAGACUGGCUUCGUGUUUGGUCUGCUCCCUGGCUGGUGGCUGAGCUCCGAGGAGUAUCGGCGCAAUGGUGCGAUCAUGCUGGAGGAGCAAUGGCACAGCGUCCUCAAGGAGCAUGGAUUUUCUGGAUGCGAACAGAUCUUCCGCGACUGGGACUCUGAUCAAUGUCACGGAUGGAGCAUCAUAAUAACUUCAGUCUCAACCCCAGAUGUACCGAUACUUGCAAUUGGAGUCAAAGGCAAAACUCGAUCGCUGACAUUGGUCGCUGAUAUGACAUCCCAGAUCCAAACGCAAAUCGGUGAGGGCCUCCAGCAUGAUCUUGGCGACUCUGGAACUUCGGUAGAUCUUAUCUCUCUACGAGACCUUUUUCUAUUUGCAGAUCUUCGAGAGAGGGAUGUGGUACUCCUCGCUGGCUUGGAAAAAUGUUUGCUGGACGAGACUUCCCAGCCAGCCUUUCAAGCUCUGCAGAGAAUCCUCACAUCUUCGAAGAGCAUCCUUUGGGUGAACAACAUGGGCUCAGCCCCGGACGAUGCUCCGUACUGGGCCAUGACUGAUGGGCUCACUCGAGUUUGUCGUAACGAAGACAUUUCUAUUACCAUGGCCACUCUUGCUCUAGAGCAAUCAACAUGCGGAAAUAAAGACAAAGUUGUUCAACAAAUUAUCAAAGUAGUGCAUCAAAUCCACACAGGCAGUUCAACAGACACAAUGGAUCUGGAUUGGAUGGAAAUUCAAGGGCGCCUCUGUAUCAAUCGUUUGAGCAAGGCGGACCUUGUAGACAAAUAUGUCUUCUCGCGAACAACAAAGCCGGUGCGAAUGCGACAGUUUGGAUCUAGUCCACCUCUCAAACUUCAGAUCAAGACUCCUGGGCUAUUGGAUACUAUCGAAUGGAUUGAGGAUGGCGGAGCCUACUUGCCGCUGGAUCCAGACUAUAUUGAAGUGCGCAUUCAGACUGUCGGCGUGAACUUCAAGGAGUGUCUGACCCUCCUCGGCCGUGUGAAUGUAGACCAGCUUGGCAGCGAAGCAGCUGGUUACGUCCAUCGAGUUGGAGCCAGAGUCCAAAGGUUCAAGGUUGGUGACCGUGUCGCAGUAGCCACAGCAAACACAUAUCAGACCCUCGUCAGAGUCAGAGAUGCUGUUCACUUGCCAGACUCCAUGAGUUUCGUCGAGGCCGCUUCGCUACCUACAGCCUUUUGUACCGCCUAUGUCAGUUUGAUACGGACCGCGCGGCUCCAGAAAGGCGAAACCAUCCUCAUCCAUGCGGCUGCUGGCGGCACAGGACAGGCUGCAGUUCAGCUUGCUCAGAAUCUUGGCGCGGAAGUUUUCGUCACUGUAGGCUCUCAUGGGAAGAAGAAAAUUGUCAUGGAGCAGUACAAUGUACCAGAGGAUCAUAUCUUCUAUAGCCGCGAUUCAUCUUUUGCGGACGGAAUCAAGCGUAUGACUGGAGGUCGGGGUGUUGAUGUUGUCCUCAACUCUCUUUCUGGCAAGUUACUCAUUGCUUCUUGGGAGAGCAUUGCCCCAUUCGGAAGGUUUAUUGAGAUUGGGCGAAAGGACAUAGAUAGCCGCGGUCAACUUCCGAUGUACCCAUUUAUCAAAAACACCAUGUUCGCUGGUGUCGACCUCGCUGCAUAUAUCAUGGGCGAAGCUGAUAAUAGGGGACAAGAACAAAUGCAGGAAGUCUUCCGGAUGGCCGAACAUCACAUCAUCCGUCCUCCCUAUCCAUUGACGACGUACUCACUCGACCAAGCUGAGGACGCAUUCCGUAUGUUGCAAAGCGGUAAGAAUUCAGGCAAGAUGGUCCUUGAAGUUUCUAAUGAAGCUGUUGUCCCGGUCAGAGAAGGAGCUGAUGGUGAUUAUCGGUUUCGCCCAGACGCCACCUAUGUCGUUGCCGGUGGAUUUGGGGGCAUCGGACGCCAAAUCACUCGCUGGAUGGCUCGCCGUGGAGCUCAACACAUUCUCGUUCUCUCUCGAUCGACUCCCGAGCAGAAUGCUGAAGGUGGUCGGAUGAUCUCCGAGCUUCGACUGCUGGAAAUUGACGUGCAGCAUGCUUCUUGUGACAUAUCCGACCUUGCUUCACUUCAAAGUAGUGUCCAAACAGCGAUGACCACGAGGGCAAUGCCGCGGAUCGAGGGAUGCUUCCAAGCCUCAAUGGUGCUCAACGAUCGACCGUUCAGUACAAUGCAGUAUUCGGAAUGGAACGCUGCGAUUCGACCGAAAGUUCAUGGAUCGUGGAACCUUCACAAGACGUUGCCCAACCAGAUGGAUUUUUUCGUCAUGCUCUCCUCUGUAACGGGUAUCGUUGGUAACCCAGGACAGAGCAACUAUGCCGCUGGAAAUACUUUCCAAGACGCCCUAGCCAGGUAUCGUGUCUCUCGUGGGGAGAAGGCAACGGCACUUGAUCUGGGCAUCAUCCUCGGAGAGGGUUUUGUGGCUGAGAAUCAAGACAUCCACGACAAGCUUGUCCGUCUCAAUAUGCUAGACAUGAUCUCCCAAGAGCGUCUCUUUGCCAUGUUCGACUACUUCUGCGAUCCAAGCAUCUCAAAUGGCACCAAUGCAGCCAGCCAAGUUGUCGCAGGCCUCACCUCACCUGGUAUGCUCCUUCAACGAGGUUCAGAAGUGCCGCUGGCUCUCCGUCGCAGCAUGUUCCGCGCGAUGCAUCAUGUUGAUAGUGUGCAAGGUCAAGAUGACGCGAAUGGCGCAAAUGAAGUCCUCUCGUCGAGUCUGGACGUGGUAAAGCUCUUUCAAGAAUCCGCAUCGGUGCAGGACGCCGGCGCCAUGGUAGCGGAGGCGCUGAAGGCUAAGGUCUCGAAACUCGUCGGGGUCAAUGUCGAGGAGCACACGGUCGACGAUCGCAUGGAAUCAUUUGGUGUGGACUCUCUCGUCGCAUUGGAAUUGCGGAAUUGGAUUUCGAAGGAGAUGCACGCUGACAUCGCGGUGUACGAGAUUUUGGGUGACGCCAAGCUAAGCGAUAUUGGGUUGAUGGUGGCAAGGAAGAAUCAGCAGCCGCACUGGCAUGAGAGUACCUAGAGUAAGGGGAAAAUUGUAGAACAGCAAUGGUUAAGAUGAUAAAUAUAAGAGCGGAUAGAACUUGAGGAUAUACCUAAUGAGUUCGGAUGAACACGCUAGUGUCAACCUUAAUUCCGGGCUUUAAAUAAUAUCCAAGUGGAAUGGCGACAACGAUCGAUCAUGGACCGCAUCAAAGGAUGUCAAAUAGUGACAAGGCUGCUUUAAUGUUAUUUCGCCUUGUGCCUAAAGCCAGGAGCCUCGAUUUCUGACCAGAGGAUUAGAAUGAGAGCAUGCGUUGAGAUUGCCACCUCAAUAGAGCAGUAUACUUUAUGAACUAUUGCAGUUCUGGGGCGCUAAAGAAAUC